AAAUAUGUAAACAGUAGACAUAUGAGUGCACCCAAAGCUUUGAACCAGGCCUGUGCACCACCCAUGUUUGCACAGUGGAAGUAUUGCUGGAAAAAGACCACAAGGAGUCCACAAUGCAUGUGCCAUGCUUUUGGUAUGAUUGGUGACUUUGCCCACUAGACCUGUAUGGUGCUGCUGACUGGCAAGACAGAGCCAACUUAUGGUAUGGAAAAGUGUGCCAUUGUGGGUGUUGCACAGAAGACUUGGCAGAACUGUUUGGCUUCCACAGCAUUGCUGUGGCCACCUGGGAUGCUCUGGGCAAUGCAGGUGACAUGUCCAUUAGCAGUUGCAACUCAGGAAUGUGGCUGAUGUACCAACGGCUUCAGCUUCUGAUGCACCAGCUGAGUCUCCAGGGCAUGCUGCUGCACCAGCUGAGCCUGCUGAUGCACCAAUGGUUUCAGCUUUUGAUGCACCAGCUGGGUCUUCAGGGCAUGCUGAAGUGCACAUGGAAAGAAGUGAUGUUUCACCAGCCCCUGCCACCCCCAGGCCAGGUGGCCAGGGCAUUUCUAAAGAAAAGAAGUUUUCCAGGUGUGCAGUGUUGGAAGAUUUGUGCCCACCAGGGGCCAAAAUCACUUUAAACUACAAUGACCACCGGUGGGCAGGAUCUUUUCAGAACCAAUUUGCCACUGACAAGUGGAUUGGGAACCUGAAGAACAGAACAGUCACUAAGACUUUUCAGGCUGCUAGCCCUGCUAAUUGGCAGUCUGCCUUGAAAGAGAUCCACAGCAUUUUGUGGACCAAGUGGUUUCUUGCAGAGCCUGAAUUUUCAGAGUUGAGCUUGCCUGUUGAAAAGAGACAGGAAGCUGGGCAGAUCUCAGAUGCCAUUUUGGCAGAGUUGCAGGUUGUCAUAGACAAACUGCCAGACAAAAAAUCUUACCAGAAGCGCUCUUGAGAAAACCUUGAGCUUGGCUUUGCUGCUUGGGGGGGCUUCAGUUUCUUGUGGAUUGUGGUAGUUUGGAGAAGGUUU